AUGAGGUGUGCAGAUCCAGUAAGAGACAAUGCUUCAUAUGUAGAUACCGCAUCUUGCCUUGAUGAUUCGAAUACUUAUGCUAUCGCUGGGGACAUAGACCUAGCAAGUUGGUGGCCUGGUUGUCGUGUGAAGGCGGUCUCCCCUGCUUCAUGUUCCCGGACAUGGCCUUCAAAUGUGGACGGUGGCAAUGCUAACACUAAUGACUCAUACAAAGAUAUUCAUAGGCAACUAGCCUUUGGAUUUGAGCUUUCCUGGAUGAAUUUUGUUUGCCAAUCUCAAUGUGUUUCCAAACCUUGCUACUUCAACGCCACAAUCGGAGGCAUUCAGUGCUAUGUUAGCAGCCAUUGUUAUUAUAUCAAUGGAGGAGCUCACUCCUGCGAUACUGGAGUUUUGGUAAGGAUCGGCAUUUAUAUCAAAGGAUUAUACUGGUUAAUUACAUUUCGUCACAUACAUCUUGACAAUGCAAAUGCAAUUAAUAGGGCAAUAGUGGUAGGGUACUUUGGCCUGCCAUCGCUUGUAGUAGCCAGAUUUCUAUUCGGCGCUAUGCUUUUGAUUGCCAUAAUUAUUCAUAGAUGGAGAAGAAGGCAUCUCUCGGUUUAUGAAAAUAUUGAGAACUUUCUGCAAGACAACGAACUCAUGCCCAUAAGGUACUCAUGCAAAGAAAUCAAGAAGAUGACCAAUAAUUUCAAGAUCAAGUUGCGUCAAGGUGGCUUCGGUUCUGUAUACAAAGGGAAGCUGCGUAGUGGACCUUAUGCAGCCAUAGAAGUGUUGGGGACAACCAAAUCUAAUGGGCAAGAGUUUAUCAGCGAAGUAGCAACCAUUGGAAGAAUUCACCACGCGAAUGUGGUUGCUCACCGGGUAUUGUGUUGA